AUGUCUCUCAACGAUCAAGAGCUCACCGGCAACAAGGGCGUAGACGUCCACCCCGGUGUUGCCAACCCCACCAUGCACUCGAUUCACCCAGAUCCCCUCGGGUCCAACUUCGUAGGCGCCGGCGCCGGUCCCAACUUCACCGGUGACCGCGAAGCCAGACGUAACUUCUCUCAGACUGCGGGCGUCGUCGAAGGUCGCCCAGGCGUCAUCGAGUCGACGAACAUCGACCCGUUGAACGAGAAUUCCAACAAAUAUGACGGUUGGGCUAACGCAACCAGCCAACCCGGUGGCACCGACCAGCAGGGUGCAGGAUACGUUGCGCAGGCCUCAACAAUGGCUGCCACUACUGCGUCUAUGACCGCGGACACUGCAUCGAAAGCGAUGCAAGCAGGCAAGGAGGCGAUCUUCGGGAGAAAGGAUUGA